AAUAGGCUAUUAUUAUUCCACUCUGCCAAUUUAUAAUUAGGCUACUGUAAUUAGGACACUCCUUGGGUCGCUGCCAGAGUACAGGCGAAAAUUCAUAAAUAGAUCCUGUGCACUGUGCACGUAACUCUGAUUUUUAUACACAAAACGAGGCAGCAGACAUAAUUUGAGUUUCUGGGGGCGGGGAGGAGGGAGCGCCCGCGACCACACUGCUCACAAUAAUAAUCGGUUGUAGUCUAUUAGUUAUCUUUCUCCACCGCUCGCUACAGUACCGUAGACUGGAUCUGAAAACCAAUGUAAUCCUGAAUCAUGGCUGCAAAAGAGGAUCUCUACAGCAAAAUCAUCCCGCGAAGACUUCGAUUGAAAGUACCUGGCACUGUGAAAUAUGGAUCGAAUUUGGACGUCCUCUUAUCGAUGGGUUUCCCCAAAACCAGGGCAUUGAAGGCACUAGUAUCAACAGGAGGCAGGAAUGUACAGGCAGCAUGUGACUGGCUGUUCUCCCAUGUGGAUGACCCCUUCCUGGAUGACCCGUUGCCCAGAGAGUAUGUCCUGUACCUGCGCCCCAGCGGACCCCUGCAGAAUCAGCUCCAUCACUUCUGGCAGCAAUCCCGAGUCUCCUGCGGAAAGAACAAGGCCCACAACAUCUUCCCCCACAUCACACUCUGCCAGUUCUUCAUGUGUGCAGACAACAAGGUGGACGCCCUGUUGGAGGCCCUGCAGGCCACGGUGGACCAAUGGAGGGGUCGUUUCCCUAGCCCCCUGCCCCUGGAGCUCUACACCUCCUUCAACUUCAUAGGCCUCUUUGUUGAGGAGCAGAUCGCAGAGGUCCUCAAGCAGUUUGCUGCUGACUUUGCUUCCGAGGCUGCCAGAAAAGCUGAUGUCCAUUUAGAGCCCCAUAAGAAGCAGCUCCAUGUGACGUUAGCCUACCACUUCCCCACCAGUCACCUGACCUCCCUGGAAAAGCUGGCUAAGGGAAUCGAGGUGAAGCUAGGCUGUGAUUGGCUGGCUGUCCUUUUUUCCCGGGACAUACGGUUUGCCAAUCAUGAGACGCUGCGCGUGAUGUAUCCCUACGCCCCUCAGAAUGAGGACGAGCUGGAGCUGGUCCCGGGCGACUUUGUCUUCAUGUCUCCCUUGGAGCAGAACAACACUAGCGAGGGCUGGGUCUACGGGUCCUCCCUGGCCACGGGGCUGUCCGGCCUAUUGCCUGAGAACUACGUCAGCCGGGCAGACGAGUGUGACACCUGGGUCUUCCACGGAUCACACUCCUUCUUCAGUUGCUCCGCCCCCUCGGACAAAGUGAGCAGGGAAAGGGGCCUAUUCGAUGGCCUGCUGGACAGCCGUCUCCUCGACAACACAAGCCCUGGGGACACACCCACCUUGAGCCUCAUCUGUCAUCCCAUGCAGGUGCUUCGGGUCAGCAGCAAUCACUCUCGGCUGCCCAAGCGGACCCUGUUUGUCUGCCGGCACGGUGAGCGGAUGGAUGUGGUGUUUGGGAAACACUGGCUUUCACUGUGCUCUGAUUCCAAAGGUAGAUAUGUGCGCACUAACCUGAACAUGCCAGUCAGCCUGCCCAUGUGGAGUGGAGGACACAGAGAUUACAACAUGGACACCCCCAUCACUGUGUUUGGUUCCACACAAGCACGAAUAGUGGGCGACGCGUUGUUGGAGAGCAACACAGUGAUAGACUUUGUGUACUGUUCGCCCUCUCUGCGCUGUGUCCAGACUGCUCAGAACAUCCUCAAAGGUCUGCAGCAGGAUGGCAAGCUGAAGAUCAGAGUGGAGCCAGGGCUAUUCGAGUGGACCAAGUGGGUCUCUGGGAGCUCUCUUCCUGCCUGGAUCCCUCCCACAGACCUGGCUGCAUCCCACUUCACUGUUGACACAACAUACAGACCUCUCAUACCGAUAACCAAACUCAGCGUGUCGGAGUCCUAUGACACGUACAUGAGCCGGAGCUACCAAGUGACCAAAGACAUUCUGUCUGACUGCAAAAACAUGGGAAACAACAUACUGAUUGUUGCCCACGCUUCCUCUCUGGAGGCCUGCACCCGACAGCUCCAGGGCCGCAGCCCCCAGACCUCCAAGGACUUCAUCCAAGUAGUCAGGAAGAUCCCCUACCUGGGUUUCUGUUCCUGCGAGGAGCAGGGCGACACAGGAGUCUGGCAGCUGGUGGACCCACCCAUCCUGCCCCUCACACAUGGACCCAACCACAGCUUCAACUGGAAGGAGACCCUCCUUCAGGAAUGACAUGUGCUUCCCUGGAGAGCAGACUUGCUCAGCCCCAUCCCGAGGCUUAAGUUUCUGCUCAAAUAACAGGGAGAGACAUUUACAUUACAUUUAAGUCAUUUAGCAGACGCUCUUAUCCAGAGCGACUUACAAAUUGGUGCAUACACCUUAUGACAACCAGUGGAACAGCCACUUGCAGAGACCCCACCAGAGUCAAUGGGUGGUUGGACCUGGAUGUACUGUACAUAUUGUCAUUUGACAGUAUUGUUGACAUUUCUAAUUUGACAGUAUUGUUGACAUUUCUAAUUUGACAAUAUUGUUGUCAGUGAGAGCAGAGAGAGAAGAGCGUGAAGUUGGAGAGGGCAGGGCUACUGUAAGUCUCAGGGCCUGGUUGAUUGUUGAGGCUAUCACUCAGCUGGCUACAGCAAGCACAUGGGCCAUUACAUAUGACACUGAGUCAACAGCGUCCCAGAAGGGAGUCAUAAGGUUGAGAACAUUGACCUAAAAAAAAUGAGCAGAAUUGUUUGUGUUUUGAAAAGCAAUUGCAUUCCUUGUCCCGCUUGCAGAGUAACUGUUGACGAGGGCAAAUGUUAUCCUCAAAAGCCCUUGACUGUAGCCGCAAGUCAUCUCACAGAUGUCUCUCAUUGUGGAAUCUGUGUUUCUGUGUGUAUAAAGUUUAUCUCGUUGGGGGGAGAAAAACCUGCUAAACUUAAUCCAUGCUCUCUUGAAUACUGUACGUACAACCACUUAUUCAUCCAUUUAAACGGAUUGCAGUGUGGUCAGUACGAUGUCUUUUAUGGUCACGUUGUAUGCUGGUUGUAGAAAAAUUUUGUGUUAACGUAGUAACCAGAAAAAUACGUCUUUGCCUGGUUGUAAUGUGUUAUGUGACAAGAUAACAACCAACAUAUGACAUAUUUACUAUGACAUCUUGAGCUCAUCAUAAAAAAUACAUCUUUAUGUGGUUGUAACCGAGACUAGUUGGAAAUCUGGUUUUAUGACUUCUUCACAAUCAGAAAACUGGUUUUCAACCAGAAAAUGACGUCAUUAAGACAACAUGUGUCAAAAUGUUUUUCACUGUGUGGCUUGUCACCCGGUUUGGUUGAAACAGUCUCGAUGGCACAAAGUGCACUAUUGACAAUCACAGGUGAGCCUUGGUGAGGCCGGUCGAAUAACCAGUAGUUAGGAACUUGUAUGUGUUUGUUUUACAUAAUGUAAGGUCUUAUGGCAGAAUAGUUGUUGACCACUGCACUAGAAAACAUCUUUCAGUCUUCCAGUUGUGAAAUAUCAUAUACAAAAGGCCUGUCCCAUGGUAGGGAAAUACAUGUUUUUCUCAGGUGUAGAUUUCAUUGUGACCUUUUACAGUAUGUGCAUUUCAUUGGGCCAUGAAAUUUGUUGAGUGCCUCUUAAGAUUGAACCUGAUUUAUCUUGAUGUCUCAGUGAUGUCAGAGAGAUGUUCUCUGCUCAUUGAGUCAGCUUUUGUUUAGCCUCAUCUAAAUCUAUCUGAUCUAUUCUUUCUGCAAAUAUUGAUUAUUAAGGAGGCUCUUAAACAAUGCUCUGAUGCUGUUCUUCCAUUGAUACAUGCAAGUACGAUACUUACAAGUACAAUUACAAAUUUGUGAUAAAGGUGUCAGUGAGGAACAAAGCAAGCCUACAUGCACUGUUGAGGAAACCCAGGAAAUCUAAAAACUGAGGAGGAAGCCAUCUCUGUCAAUUUGUGUUAAUUUAUUUUCUCCAAUAUUAUAUUUCCAAAUGUAUAUAAACUUUAAUUUAAGAAAUACACUUUUCACCAAAAUGCUUUGGUUUAGAGGACUAGUGGGCUAAGAUGUGCAAAAGAUUGAAAUAAAAACAAACUGAUUGAAGAAGGAGAUGAUACAGUAUUCCCUGUAUAUUCAGAUAUGAGCAUCUCUGAGGUGGGUUCUUUAUUUUGUUUCAAAUUUUGUUUCAAAUACCCCCCUAUAUGAUACUGACAGUAUCACUUUUUCAGAUAUGUAGAAGUUACAUAUCAAAUAAAAAAAUCUGGU